CGAGAGAAAGGGAGAGAGGAAAAGACAGAGCGAUAGAGAGAGAUGGAAAGUGGAUGGAGAGGGGAGGCUUUCACUCAUAGGAGGAACAUUUGGUGCAGUGCUGAAACUUCUUCCCCAAACCCAGCUUCUUCUUCUGCCUAGAGCUCGCCACGGCUAUGGCCACAGGGCACCUAUGAGAAGGCGACCGCACACACUGACAAGAGGACUCUGUCUCCACUAACCUCAGGUGCUCAUUUGGAGUUUGGUACUUCAGUAUCAUGCGUUGCAAAACCAGAUCCAUGCAUUGUGUCUUGCCGUGUCUGUGCUUCAUGCUCCUUCACUUGUCUUGUGCAGCACAAGAUGAGGACAUGAGAUUCAGUUGUAAAACUGUUGCAAGCGAUUUGGUCUUUAUCCUAGACGGCUCAUGGAGUGUAGCUGAUGUGAACUUUGAAAUAGUCAAGCGAUGGCUCGUCAACAUCACCACAAGCUUUAACAUCGGCCAGAAGUUCACCCAGGUCGGUGUGGUCCAAUACAGUGAUGAUCCAAUCAUAAAUAUCCCGUUAGGGAAGCACCUUCAUAGCAAGGAUCUCAUCAGAGCCAUGGAAUCCAUCGACUACAUGGGGGGAAACACAAGAACUGGGACGGCCAUACAGUUUGCUAGCGACAAACUAUUUAACCUGUCUGAACGAGGCCCUAAGGGUGUUGCUAGAAUCGCUGUGGUCCUAACAGACGGAAAGUCACAAGAUGAGGUGAAAGCAGCAGCAGAGGAAGCCAGGAGAAAAGGAAUAAUAAUAUUUGCCAUUGGUGUGGGAUCUGAGACGGAAGAGGAGGAGUUGAACGCUAUUGGAAACAAGCCCUCCUCCACCUAUGUGUUUUAUGUCGAUGACUAUAAAGCUAUUUCCAAGAUCCGUGAGACCAUAAGGCAGAAGUUGUGUGAAGAGACUGUUUGUCCAAGCAGAAUCCCAGUCGAAAGCGGUGAUGUCAAGGGCUUCGAUAUUCUACAUUAUCUGGAUUUGUCUAAAAAAGUAAAAAAAACUCAAGGGUCUUUUUAUGGGGCCAAGGCCUUUCAGGUGACAUCUCGUGUUGACCUGAGUGAAAGCACAAAGAACUUGUUUCCAGAUGGUCUGCCUCCCUCCUAUGUCUUUGUGUCCACACUGAGGUACAAGGGGUCUCUGAUCAGGGAAGAGUGGGACCUUUGGAGGAUACAGACCAAUGACGGGAAACCACAAAUGGCAGUCACACUAAAUGGAUUUGAACGCAAUAUCAUGUUCACCACAACCAGUGUAGCACCAAGUGGUACUCAGAAAGUGGUCUUCCAACAAGAACCUGCCAAGAAACUAUUUGAUGAGACCUGGCACCAGUUUAGGCUACUGGUCACUGAGCAAGAUGUUAUCCUGUAUGUUGAUGACCUGGAAAUUGAAACCCUGCCGUUGGAACCUCCUGUUGGUAUCUUCAUUAAUGGGAAGACCCAGAUCGGAAAGUAUGUCAGCAAAGAGACAACUGUACCAUUUGAGAUCAUGAAACUCAGAAUCUACUGUGACCCCGAGCAGAACAACCGUGAGACCGCCUGUGAAAUACCAGGAGUUGAUGGAGAGUGUGCAAACGGCCCUGGUGAUAUAGACGUGGACCCCACUCCAGAACCCUGUACCUGUCCUCCCGGACCCCCUGGCCUUCCAGGCAUUAAGGGGGAAGCAGGAACAAUGGGAAGGCCCGGUCAAGCUGGUCCUGCUGGUGCUGAUGGUAAGCCUGGCAUCUCUGGCAACCGAGGAGUUCCUGGGCCACAGGGUCCAACUGGGACAGAGGGGCGACGCGGGGUUGAUGGUAACAAGGGAGAACAAGGACGGCCUGGUGAUUCGGGUGAAAGAGGGGUUCCGGGAUUACCUGGGCCAUCGGGCCAAGCAGGUGAAAAGGGCUCUUUAGGUCUUUCAGGGGGACCAGGACUUUCUGGCAUAGAUGGCCAAGUGGGAGAAAAAGGAGGCAGGGGACACCCUGGGCCAGCAGGACAUCCGGGAGAACCAGGUUUACCUGGAAGAGUUGGAAAGAAUGGACUUCCAGGACAAAUCGGUCAAAAGGGAGAAGUUGGAGCAGCUGGCAUACCUGGUCUAGACGGAAGGGAGGGCCAUCUUGGUUUGCCUGGCAUGCCUGGAAACGUAGGCCAGAGUGGAACUAAGGGUGAAGCUGGUUGGUCAGGACUGAAAGGUGCCAAAGGUUCAACUGGAACAUCUGGUGAUAAUGGCUUUCCUGGUGAACCUGGAUCAUCAGGGCGACCUGGACCUACGGGCAACAAAGGUGAAAGUGGACUACCAGGUCAACCAGGGGUUUCAGGACCAGAGGGCAUGUCAGGUGACCCUGGAAUAGCAGGUCAGCCAGGACACCCAGGAAUGCCAGGCUUGACAGGACCUAAGGGAAAAAGGGGAGAUCCAGGUGAACGAGGAGGGGAGGGAUUAAGAGGUGAAAAGGGAGAUAUGGGGAUUCCAGGUAAUCAUGGCUCUAAUGGCUCAUCGGGACAAAAAGGGGGGAAAGGGACAACAGGAGACCCCGGUCAGAGGGGACUGGGAGGUCACCAAGGCCAGCCAGGAAUAUCAGGGCAGACAGGCCCGUCUGGGCCUCGAGGACAGAGCGGUGACGUUGGGCCUCCUGGGCCACCUGGACUAGAGGGUAAACCUGGAAGGGAGAUGUCCAAGCAAAUCAUUCAGCAAAUAUGCAGAGAGGUACUUAGAUUGGAGAUGCCUUCGCUACUCCUCAGUAACCAGCAGCAAAGUCACUGUGACCACUGCCAAAGCAGGGACGGGACUCCCGGAGUACCAGGCCCUGUUGGGCCCCAGGGAUCAAGGGGCUUUACUGGGAACCCUGGUUCCAUUGGACAGCCGGGCCAUCCAGGUCGACCUGGGCGUCCUGGGAUGUGUGGCUUGAAAGGAGAUCCAGGAAUAAAGGGGGAGAAGGGGAGUCAAGGAAGAGCAGAUAUUGGAGAUCCGGGAACACCAGGGUCUCCAGGUCCAAUGGGUCCCCAGGGAGACAGUAAACUAGGUCAUCCAGGGAAACCAGGACCCCCUGGCCUAAACGGGGAGGAGGGGAAGAGAGGUAACCCUGGGGCCCCUGGCCAGCCAGGGGUGUGCCAUCUAUCCAUGUGUUACGGUGUCAUGAUGAGGAGCAGGGAUUCUUUUAGUAAAGGGCCAAACUAUUGACCCAACAUGGCAGCAGGCAGAAAAACAGCUAAUCUUUCCAAUCUCAGGAAGAUCACAUGUUUUACAGUGUAUCCCCUCAGUCAUGGAAACAGGAAGUACCUCUUAACAUGUACGGUAUAUAGCAAAGAUAUCCAUGUGCGUCCUUCCAUGAGCUUUCUCAAGCCCAGUUUAUACCUGGUUCUAACAUUUGUCCUUUGUCCUGAUCUGGUCUCAUUCUGAUUGUGCCCACAUUUUUAGACAGGUGUAGACGAUUAAAAUAUGCAUUGUGAUAUGAUUGGGAUCAGAUCUUCCUGACCCCCUUAGAUAGUCAGGAACUCAUUGUGUCUGGAUAUCUUACAAAUGUAGAGGGAUCUGGAUAGUGAAACACUUUAAAUCAUCAUUAUCCCGCCUCCUAAAAUCAUUGACAGAUGGCACCAUUGACUUCCCACUGGGCACACACUGGUUGAAUCAAUGUUGAUUCCACAUAAUUUCAAUGAAAUUACGCUGAACCAACUUGAAAUAGACGCUGAAUUGACGUCUGAGCCCAGUGGGUUAUGCCGUCAAUAUGUCUUCAUUCUGUUCUUGUCACAUUCUGCUUUGUUAUGUCACAAGCUCCAUUUUGCUUUAAAGGGACAGUGUGAAGUCUACAAGAACAGCUACAGGGGAAAAAAUUGCACUAUCCCUUUAAAGAAUGAUAGUAAUUGCUCCUACAUUUGUUUGAUUUUGGUUGGCAUCGGUUGGAUUCUGGGGCAAAUUGUAAUCCAAUGUUAAGAAUUCUGCCCUGCUCAAACAAGUACACAGGAAUAAAGGCCUGCACCUCCACUUGGACAGUGCUGAUGAUACCAAUUUAUUGCUAUAUACUGCCCCCUGGUGCUUUUUAUGCACCAUACUUUCUGAAUGGUCACCCAGAAUUGGUCACCCCUAAAUUUGUUUACCAAAUUUGUUUGUAGUAAUAUAUAUGCAAUGUUUAAACACCCGUAUAAUUAUAGUUUGUAAAUUGAUGAAUGCAAUUAUUGUAAACAGCAUCUAAAGACAUCUAAAGAAAGUUUCAGGGCAAAUCUGUGAGCUUGCUACAGUAUCUCUAUAACAGAGGCUGCUAUGUUCAAAAGCCAAAUGUUUAAUCAUCUAAAACAAAACCUUGUGACAUUACUGAAAUGUUUGUUUAUAUUCCCUUUUUUCACAAUAACUUGUUUGUGUAUUGUGUGAAAAUACAGAAAUACGUAUUUUUCUUAGGUAAAAAAUAGCUAGUAUAACAAAUGUAAACCUGGGACAUCCUAUCUACUUUCAGUCAAAAGAGUGAGGGUGAAAAGAAACAUGUUGACAUCUUGACUUAAUCUGAAGUUUGCUGUGUCUGCUGCAAAUUAUUUUCUGUUAGUGCAUAUAUGCCAUUUAUGUGCCUGAGUACCUUACCUUUCCGUACCAUACCUAAUGUUACCUUAGCCUAGCAAGUUUAAGUAAUUUUGUUAUUUAUAAAACUGAGCUAAUCGACUGCGUGUUAAUGGGCUUUACCUGUGAGAGCUUGGUCUGUUUUAUUUUUGCUGUGUCUGAUUUUAUUAAACAAAAUGAUGUUUAA